AUGCAUUCUGGGAGAAUUCUCAAGAAUAGUUAUUACUUACCUUUUAAGUCCAAAUGUUUGAGCAGUCUGAACUACCAACUACCCGAGCAGUCAUACCAUUUGCACUACUUUUUGUUAGGCACAUGUAACCCCUUUACCGACAAUGAAAUUCAUUUGAUUGAGUACAAUGAUCAAUCCUGCACUGUCCGGAAUGUCGAGGUUUUUGACCACAAGGAAGAGAUCAAGCACUUGGUUUGCUUAGAUGUGUGUGAAAAGGGGGAUGGCAAGGGGAAAGACAUUCUUUUGUGUACCUCGGCGGUUGUUUCUGGGGAUUUUGGUAGUACUAGCCAGAUUUCUCCUGACACGGGUGGAUUGCAGUGUAGGUGUUUUCUCUAUCGGGGCAGCGUGAACAACUUCGAUGAGGAAGAGCUUGUUGCAGGAGGGGAGACAGACACCGGCAAGUCAAAGGUGGAGAACCAAGCGAGUCGAAAUUUAGAUGAUCUAGGGAAGCAGGAAAACAGACCUGUAAAUAGUAUAGCGCAUGAAUUGAAGAAAGAUAAGUCAAUGGAUGGAGGAAAAGGAAAAGCAGCGCUGGACAAACUAUGCGAAUUGGGAGGAGAAAAACCAUAUGAUGGCAUCAAACACAUCGCGGUGGAUGAUGAUGAGGGAAAGUUUCGUAGAAUUGCAGUUAUAGAUAAGUACCGUUACGAUAUAUUUGGGAGGAGCCAAAAGGACGUGGAUUUUGUUGCCUCCAAAAACAUGGAUCGGGAGUUGAAUUACGGAAUCUUCGAUCCACAUCACGAAAAUAUCUUAACCGUUAUUAGUGACACUAAUGUGUACGGAUAUGACAUCAAAAAUGACGUGGAAAUAUUUUCUACCUUUGCAAACCAUAAAGCUGAUUUAUCAUCCAUCGACUUCAAUCCAAAUAUUCCAAAUGUCAUUGUAACUUCAUCAAAUGAUGGUUACGUAAAAUUUUGGGACCUUCGAUUUCUCACUGAUGCAUUUCUUACAAUUAAUACUCAUUCACAUUGGAUCACCUCCAUCCACUUUAACAAUUUUCACGAUGAGUUAUUGCUAAGUACUAGUUCAGACAAUACGGUGAAGCUACACAGAAUUGACUAUCCUGCGAGUUUAAAUUUGAAGAAAAAAGAAACGAACUAUCAGUUAAUAAGAACAUACUCGGAUCACGAGGAGUCUGUUUAUCAGGGCAUGUGGAGCAAAACGGACGCGUGGGUGUUUGCGUCUCUGUCGUACGAUGGCAAAUGUGUAGUGAAUAGUGUUCCAAUGGAGCAGAAGUACAAGAUUCUCCUAUAA